ACGAACUCACCUCUGUUGUCUCAGUUUAACACGGUUGAUCACAAUACAUCCUUCAUAGAGACUAUUAUGUUCUCUGAGCAAUGUUUUGCCGCUCUGGACAUAAGGACGAGAUCUGACACCGGAAAUUCCAUCGAUGCAUUUGUGCAAGAUUUUUCUAAUUUCACUGACGAUGUUAGCUUUGCGGAUGUCGUACUCCAACCAGACCCCAAUCCACCAUUGCUGUCUUGGUUUAGUGCCUAUUACCUUCUCCAUAAUGUGGCUCUGCUAGACAGUGUCUUGUUCCUGUUGACGAUCUUCGUCCCACGGAAGAUGUCCCUGCAGCCACACUUAAUUUCCUUUCCAACAUUUCGCUCAGCUUUAGCAUGCAUUGAAAAAAUCGAGUUUUUCUUCAAAGAGUUAUUGAAGGCUUUGAUUGGUGUUUUCUUAAUCAUCGUCUGUCUGCCAAUAGUUGUAACGUCUGUGGUUAUUUUUGGCACCGCAGUUCGCAUCAUCGAGAAGCGACUGGAGUCUAGGUAUGGAAAAACGGCAUCCAAAGCUGCAGCUCUUGAUUCUAUUUGGGGAUCUGAGACUCCGAAAAGCCGUCCUUUCAUCACCGUGUUCAUGAUUCUUACAGGGAAGCCAUCAAUAAACAAAAUACGUGCUCUGAUUCAAUCACGCGUUUUGGAUCGCAAGGAAUCGAACGGAUGUCCGACAUACCGUAAGUUUAGGCAGCUGCUCACCAUUGAAUAUGGCUAUUUCAUCUGGAAAGACGCUCCCAAAUUCGACAUAAGAAAGCACAUCUAUGUCUGGAACGAUCCUCGUAAGUUCACAAAAGACGUGAAUUCUGACAAGCAAAUGAACGAGGAACAGAAAUGCAGAGCCGCCGAAGCUGUUGCCCUUCAUUAUAUAAACUAUUAUGGAUGCCAGAAAAUGAACGAAAAUCGACCUAAAUGGGAAAUCGUCUUGCUUCACAGUAACGCAAGUCCGGAUGGCAAGUACAGUGUAGUGGUGAGGCUUCAUCACUCGAUCGCCGACGGGGUGAGUCUCAUGAGGCUCGUCACAGAGUCGCUGGUUGACGAAUCGGAGCGAGCGUUGCUUAGCACCACACUUCGGCCGCGUCAAAAAGUGGGAGCUCUGGAUGUCAUGUGGUCGGCAUGCAUGAUGCCCCAGGAGCUGCUGAAGGCGCUCUGUAACUUCGACAAGAACCCUCUGUACGGACGACCACUGACAGGCACCAAGAUGUACUUCAUGUCACGCCCCGUGUCGCUGGAUGCAGUGAGGCAGGUGCGCAUGGCGGCGAGCUGCACCGUCAACGACGUCCUCAUGAGCUGCGUCUCGGCGGCCUUUUCACGCACCUUCCAUGGCAGCAAGUGUGGCUCCACUGUGACGCUCGUAGUGCCGAUCUGCUAUCACGAUGUUGACGAAUCCAACCCUCUGGUGAACAAAAUAAUCAUGGCUAACCUGAAACUUCCAUUGCCCAAGCCCGACACGUCGCCUUGCCAAAGACUGCAUCUCGUAAAGAUGGCAUGCAAUGCCAUGAAGAGCGCUCCUGGCCUGCUAGCGGGCUACCACACGACCACGGCCCUCUGCGCGCUGCUGCCUGCGCUCCUGGCUAGAAAGAUCCUCACACUACCGGGCAUCACCAUGGGCGCCAGCAACGUUCCCGGUCCCCAGCAAAGUGUACGGCUGUGGGGCGACCGUGUGGAGAGCCUGGGCUUCUGGGUGCCUGACAGAGACCCAACAGGGGCGGGGUUGGGGCUCCUAAGCUACGCCGGUGGAGUACGGCUCUUCCUCAGUGCCGACGUUGGGCUGGCGGCGACCGCGCCAGAGAUGGAGCAAUUCACUGCACAGUUUGAGAGUGAACUCGCCAGUUUGCAGUCUAGCACCGCUUCAGAACACCGCCCUUAAUUCGGAGCUGUGUUAUUCUGCAGAAACAACAGGAGAAAUAUCACCUUCAUAACAGCGAGGAGAAAAUAACGGGGACGUUGCAGUAGUUCAAAAUAUUUGUGAUCAAAUGGUCAGAAUUAUGACCGUCCCUUCUAUGCCUCCUUUUACAUAUAAAAAUACAGAACAUAUUAUUAUAAUCUUAAAUUAAACACA